UGGUUACUGGUUAGUAGAGUGGCUUAGGAGCAAGGUUGAGAGAGUUAAUUUAAGUAAAAGGGAAGUGGUUCAGUCUGAGAUAAUAGCAACAGAAAGGGAUGGCGGACCGAUUCUUCCAUAACACCAUGCCGUAUUUCCUAGCAGAGGCACCUCUACAGGAGACUACACCCUUUCAGACAGCCCAAGAUUCACUCACAAACCUUCUCUCUCUUCCAUAUAAAACACUUUUAGACACUCUCAAAACUUAUGCCUUGGACCUCAAACAAACGGUGGUGAGAGAGACUUGGGGUUUGAGUGGAAAACGAAUACAUGAUUAUACAGUGUAUACUGGGACGCUUGGGACGGCGUACUUGGUUUUCAAAGCUUAUCAAGUUACCAAGAAUCAUAAUGAUCUUAAAUUGUGCUUGGAAAUCGUUCAGGCUUGUGAUUCUGCCUCUAGAGACUCUAGUCGUGUGACAUUCUUGUGUGGCCGAGCUGGUGUUUGUGCUCUAGGUGCGGUUGCAGCAAAGUAUGCUGGCGAUGAACGACUACUUGACCACUACUUGACGCAAUUCAAAGAGAUUAAACUCUCUAGUAAAUUGCCAAAUGAGCUACUAUAUGGUAGAGUUGGGUUCUUAUGGGCAUCAUCAUUCAUAAAUCAUCAUAUUGGUAGAGGUACAAUCUCUAGUAACCACAGUAGAUUGCUUGUGGAUGAGAUCAUAAAUGAUGGUAGAAAAUUAGCCAAGAAAGGAAAAUGUCCCUUGAUGUAUGAAUGGCAUGGGAAGAAGUACUGGGGUGCUGCUCAUGGACUAGCAGGGAUUAUGCAUGUCUUGAUGGACAUGGAACUGACACCUGAUGAGGUUGAGGAUGUCAAGGGCACGCUACGCUACAUGAUUAAUAAUCGCUUUCCCAGUGGCAAUUAUCCUUCCAGUGAAGGAAGCGAAUCAGAUCGUCUUGUGCAUUGGUGCCAUGGUGCUCCUGGAGUAUCUCUUACCCUUGCAAAGGCAGCUGAGGUGUUUGGAGAUAAGGAUUUUCUGCAAGCAGCAAUGGAUGCAGGGGAUGUUGUAUGGAAUCGUGGGCUGCUAAAGCGAGUUGGUGUCUGUCAUGGCAUCAGUGGAAAUGCUUAUGUCUUUCUUGCACUGUACCGAUUAACAAAUAAAGUGGAAUACUUGUACAAGGCUAAAGCCUUUGCAUGCUUCCUCCAUGAUAGAGCUCAAAGACUCAUAUGUGAUGGUGAGAUGCAUGGCGGUGACUGUCCCUACUCACUGUUUGAAGGUAUUGGAGGAAUGGCUUAUCUCUUUCUAGACAUGAUUGAACCUUCUGAGGCCAGGUUUCCUGCUUAUGAACUUUAGGUUCCCUUUUUUCUUUUUCUUUUAAUAUAUUAGGAAAAUUAUAUGUAUCUAUAUGUGGUAUCUAUGUGAGAGUGUGAGACUGAUUGGCUUGUGGGGUCACACUCAAGUGUUUGAAAAACUUAUGGUCCGGGACUUUCUAAAUUUAGCUUUUACCUUCCUAGUACUGUGAUUGAUGGAGACUUGUUUUGGAUAUUGCUGUGGCCUAUGCAAGGCUUGAGGGUAACAACUAGCAAUAGAUAUAAAAUUUAAAGCUGAGUUGGUAAAAGCAGAAACUAGUCUCAUAGAAGUAGAAGUAUUACUCCCACGGAUUUAAACUAAGAUUGCACUUGAUUGGAAGUAAUGAAAUAGAAUUGAAAUUAAUUUUCUUUA